AUUAAUCCUCAGCUCAUUGCUAUUCUGGUACCUAACUCACAAUGAUCGAUAUCGAAGAUGAUAUGUUAAAAACAGUGGAUAUCCAUUCACUUCAGACGUUGGCUCCUGUGCAUGGGGUCCCAGUGGAGAUAGAAAUUGCCAAAAAUUGGGAAUGUGUGGAAACAUUUCAGGCCAGAUCUGAUGAUGUGGUCAUAGCAACAUAUCCCAAAGCUGGAACUACAUGGAUGAGUGAAAUUGUGGAUAUGAUUUAUAAUGGUGGAGAUCUUGAAAAAUGCCGUAGAGACGUCAUAUAUAAACGUGUACCAGUUCUGGAAUUGCAGAUUCCUGGAAUGCCUUCAGGCGUAGAAACGCUUAAAGCCACCCCAUCUCCAAGACUUGUGAAAACGCAUCUCCCCAUUCAGCUUAUGCCAGAAUCGUUUUGGGAAAAAAACUCAAAGGUUAUUUAUGUUGCAAGAAAUGCCAAGGAUGUGGCAGUGUCAUAUUUCUAUUUCUACAACAUGGCAAAAUUCUUGCCUGAUCCUGGUCCCUGGGACAUAUUCCUUGAUUCUUAUAUGAAGGGCAAUGUGUGCUAUGGUCCCUGGCAGGACCAUGUUAAAGGCUGGUGGGAAAAGAAGAACAACUACAACAUCCUGUAUUUAUUCUAUGAAGACCUGAAAGUGAAACGAAAGAGCGAAAUCAGGAAGAUUCUACAAUUCUUAGAAGUAGAGCUGAGUGAUGAUAUUCUAGAGAAGAUUGCUUUCCACACCUCCUUCGAAGAAAUGAAAAACAAUGACAUGGUCAAUUACAGAACCGUACACAAGUUACUGCUAGAUCAGUCCUGUACCUCGUUCAUGAGAAAGGGUGUGGUUGGUGACUGGAAAAACCAUUUCACUGUUGCUCAGAAUGAGAAGUUUGAUGAGGACUACAAGAGACAGAUGUCGGGCACAGACCUUCACUUCAAGACUGAGAUUUGAAUAAAUAUAAAAAUAAAA